CAGAAGGCAACUUUGAAAUAGAAGACGCUUCUGCCAAUUUGAAGUCAGCAGUGUGGCAGCAUUUUGGCUUUCCUGUGUUCACAAGUGAAAAUGGCUAGCGCAUUACCGACAAGACAAAAACAGCAUGUAAGCAUUGCAAGAAACUGAUAACGUACACAAACAGUGCGACCAAUAUGUUACAACAUGUUAGCCGGCACCACAGCGAGCUAGCCUUGCCACCAACACCACCACAGGAGCGAAGACUAGCAAAGGGACAAACUACACUAACAAACACAUUUGCUAGUCCUCUCGCCCACAACAGCCCAAGGGCCAAGGCUAUUACAAGGUCCAUCGCUGUUUAUAUAGUAAAAGACAUGAGGCCGUUUUCAACUGUCGAAAAUGAGGGCUUUCAAGAAAUGAUUAGAACUUUAGAACCGAAGUACUCCAUUCCAUCACGCCCACACUUCAGUCAGAUGGUGAUGCCCGAACUUUACAGGCAAGUCAAAGCCCAUGUUGUUGCGGUACUUGGAGAGGCUACUAAUGUAGCGAUCACUACAGAUAGAUGGACAUCAAGGGCAACACAAAGCUACGUUACAAUCACGGCUCAUGUUAUCACCGCAGAGUGGGAAAUGGUAAGCUUUGUGCUUCAAACGCAUCCUCUAUUUGAAAAACACAGUGGUUCUAACAUUGCGCAAGUACUAAGAGACUCUGUGUCGGAAUGGAAGCUAGAACGACCAAAACAUGGCAUCGCUGUUGUCACGGAUAAUGCGAGGAAUAUGGACGUUGCCGUAAGAGAAGCUGGACUGGAGCCCCAUAUUAAGUGUUUCGCCCAUACGUUAAACUUAGCAACUCAAGCAGGGUUGGCUGUGCUCCGUGUGUCUCGCCUUUUAGGUCGAAUCAGGCGCAUUGUCAGCUUCUUUCACCGCAGCCCUUCUGCAACCGCUGUGUUAGCAUCCAAACAAAAGGCACUUAACCAGGACAACCGACACAAGCUUAUUAUGGAUGUUACAACACGCUGGAACAGCAGUCUGGAUAUGGUAGAACGUUUUUUGGAGCAGCAAGCAGCGGUGGCAGCUGCUCUUCUCAGCGCAGACAUAAGACGAAAUGCUUGUGAGAUUGACACACUGGAUAGCUCUGACAUCCGUGAUGCUGAGGAUGUUGUUAAAUUUCUUAAACCUUUAAAAACAGCCACUACUGUGCUCAGUGAUGAACAUAACCCCACAGUAUCCCUCAUAUUGCCCCUAAAGCACAUGAUUGAGCAGACCAUGAGACAAUAUGAAGACGACUCGGUCACAGUGACUUCUAUAAAGGCGGCUAUCCUGAGCAACCUAUCGGACAGAUAUGCAAGGGAAUACCAUCAUCUGUUAGAGUGCACUGCAGUUGACCCCAGAUUUCACACCCUUCCUCAUCUAGAGGAAAACCAGCGUCAGGAUGUGUUCCAGAGGCUGAAGGAUAAAGCUGUGCAGCUACAUAACCAGACCAGCUUAUAUGUGGAGAACACAAGUGAUGCAAGAACAGAACCCAGUGCUUCAACACCUGCAGCACAGCAGGUUACUGAGCUGACAGACACGGCCACAGCACAGCCAAGUCCUCCCCCUCCCAAGAAAACAGCCUUGGAAGAUCUUCUAGAAGGGACUUUUGUGACACCUGCACAGGCAGCUCCAGGUAACCACAUGAAUGGGGUUGAAACAGAAAUUUCAAGGUACAGAAGUGAAGCAGCGAUACCUCUCACAAGUUGUCCACUCAAGUGGUGGAAGGAGAAUAGUGAGAUUUACCCACUACUUUCUCCCCUGGCUAAAGCCUAUCUCACCACACCAGCCACCUCUGUACCAAGUGAACGCGUCUUCUCAACUGCAGGAGACAUUGUGACUUUGCAGAGAUCACAGCUUUUGCCUGAGAAUGUGGACAUUUUGGUAUUUCUGAAGAAAAACAUGCCAAAGAAGCAUUAGUUUACCAGCCACUUCUGAACCAAGUGAAGUGCAGGAGGCCAUUGUGACUUUGCAAAUAUUACAACACAGACAUGCUGGUAUUGCUCAAGAAAUCCUGUUGAAGAAGUGCUAGUUUACUUUUUGGUAUUCAAAUGGGAGAUGUUUUAUUGACAGCUAGAUUGUAUAACAAAUUCUGAAGUUCUGUCUUUAAGACAAGUUCAAUUUGAUACAAAGACAUAAAUGCAAAUGUUCAAACAAAUUAAAAGAACAUCUUUUGGUCAUAAAAGGAUUUGUGAUCAUUUCCAUAUCAUGUAUAAUUAUUAUUUUGUUCGGUGUUAAGUUCUGUUAGUAAAACAACAAAGUUAUAGUUUGAUACAAGGACAAAAGGCCAGAUGUUCAAAUAAAAAACAAAAAUAACUUGCGCUACAAUUAAUUUUGUUGAGAAAAAUCGUAAAAAAUCUGAAUCGUGACUUUAGAAUCGUGAAUUGAAUCGAAUCGUGGCUUGAGUGCAUCGUUACAUCCCUAGGAGUAAGUCAAUCAUGUACAAGUCACAAGUAAGCACCGAGUCUUCACCUUCAAGUUACAAGCAAGUCCAAGUCAAUCUUUAUGAGAACCAAGCAAGUCAAGUCGAGUCACUGCUUUUGGUCUGCAAGUCGUGUCAAGUCAUACAUUUAAUUAGCCAAGUUUUACAGAUUAAAAGUUUAAAGACAAGAGUCUUAAACUGUGGGACUUUAUUAUUAUAUAUUUGCCAACAAACAAUUUGUAGGGCCACACAGAGCUAAUUUUUUUAAAAAUAAAAAUAUAAAAAAUAAAUAAAUGAAAUAAUAAAUAAAAAGUAGUUUUCAAUUAAGUCCCCACACAUCUGAAAACAUACAAACUUUUGUAAGUGAGGUAAAAAGUAAGGUAUCGGUGGGCCAACAAUAUCAAUACUGACCAAUAUUUUGUUCUUGUUUUCUUUUCUUGUACUCGAACAUGCAUACUGUAUAUCUGUAUUGUUUCGUGGUAUAUUUUCUGAACACAUUCCCUACCAAACAAAGCCUAAACUGAAAAACAACAACAACUUUCAAGUUAUACUUAAGGCCUAUUAUUAGACUGUGCACAUACAUAAGUGGAACUACAAACAGAUAUCACGCAACAUUUCUUCCUAUUAAAUGAAUAAAUCCAAUCACAGUGCAUUGCAUUUGCAAAAAAUUAAAUUGGACAGAACUUUGUCACUCAUUUGUGAGCGAUGUGGUCGCAUUAUCACCUCUCCAUGGCUGAAUACACGCUCAACUGGUGCACUUGAUGCAGGUAUUUCCAGAACUUUGGCUGCCACCUUGAACAAAGAGGGCAGUACAUGCCUGUUCAUGGCCCAAAAAUGAAGGGCGUUCUGUCCAUCACAAAUAUCCAAAUAGUGGUUCAGUUGAAUUAGAGGACUGGAACAUGAAUCUCUUUUCUGUUUCUUGCGGUAGGCUGUAAACAGUCCAGACUGAAGCUCUGCUUCUGACUCUGU